GUGAGCAGAAAGCAAGUCAGAAAUUAGAUUAAAGUAAAAGUUGGUGACUUCCUCUCCAACUGUCCUCUAAUGUAAGGAGCUAUUCCUCCUUGUCCUUAAGUUUGUUAAGAAAAACAAUGCAACACUUGAAAGCUUAAAUUCCCGCAGAAGAUAGGUCACUACUUUCCAAAUUGGUUGGUGUGUAAUGUAUGUGCUGUUCUUUCUCCUGAGAAAAUGGUUACUGAUACCUAAAAUGGGACUUUUGUUGUUCCAGAUAUAGCUAGCAAGUACAUAAUAUAUCGAGUAAUGGUAUACUUUAUAAGUUAAGCUGAACUUUAUAGUGUAAUUCUGUCCUUCACAAUUUUGUGAACUUGAACAAUCUUUGCUAAUGGCAUACUCACUCAAAAUCGGACUAUAUGUUCUGGUGACUUUAGUUGUCUGUACUGUUAUUGUCAGUUUCACCUCAGCGGGAGAAGAAGAUGAUUAUGAGCCACAAAUUGGAGUUAUAGGCGGGCAUCCUGGCCAGGGUACGGAAGACCAUGGUCAUGAAGGGGGUGAGGAAGAUCAUGGGACGAGUGCUGAUCCAACUCAUAUUAUUGAUGACGCUUUGGUGUGCUUCUACGAGAAACAUCAGCUCUACAGUCAAUGUGAUGAGUCCUGCAGACUGACAGCGAAAGGAGAGCUCCAUGUACCCCAUGAUCAUGUCGAUGAGUUCUGUAGUGGACCUUGUCUCGAGGAAACAAACCUCGUGCUAGACUGCAUAGAUGGAAUUAUGGAUCACUUCAUAUUCUUUAACAAGGCCACCACUCAAGAUGUCAGGGACACAAUUCUAGCUGGCUGUGGCCAUGGUGAUAAAAGAGGGUUCUUCGAUGUAGGAGAGCAUAUUGAAGCUGAUGAAGGAAGCGGAAACAUUGGCAGCAAGGCUACUAUAUCUGUACUGUCUGGCAUUCUGAUUUCAAUCAUAGGGCAAAUUGUAUUACUGCUGUAAAACCAGGGUAAUUAGUUAAUUACUAAUUAUUGAGUAUUGUUAAUUUAUUACAAAGUACAAACUAUACUUGUGUUCCUACUCCCCUUGGAAGGGUUUAGGGUUUAUGCUCUAUACUGAUGGAAUUUGUUUUUCCAAAAGCUUUCGUUUAAGCGACUAUGUAAGUUUUGAUGUUUGACAUUACAUUUCAAUAAUGAAAAUGACUCUUUCUUAUGUUUAUAAUUCAGUACUU